AUGUCGCUUCCGUUCGGUGAGCAGCCGCCGCCGGCGUACGCGGAGCCCUCGGGAUCGCACGGCGGGGGCGGCUCGAUCGGGCCGGUGAUCGGGGUGGUGUUGGGGGUGGUGGCGCUGGCGGUGGUGGCCGGGCUGGUGGGGCGGCUCUGCUCCGGCCUCUCGAUACUCGGGUACGGGCACUACGACCUCCACGGGUGGAUCGAGCGGAAGUGCGCCGCCUGCGUGGACGGGAGGCCGGAAGCACCGCCGCCUCAGCCGAGCACCAACGUCGCUCCGGCUGCGGCGGUGACGGUGGAGGAGGCGAAGCGGAAGAGGGAGAUACCGGAGGAGGUUGCAUGA